UUGGCAGCAGUGAAGAUGGCGGCGUCAGGGAGGAGUACAUUAUUAUCCUCCAACAACAGUGGACUAAACAGCACAGCCGAACAACCAAACACUGAAGACGAAGAUGGACAAGAUUUAUGGUCUGCUAUUCUGAGCGAAGUAUCGACUCACUCCAGAUCUAAACUACCGUCCGGGAAAAAUGUGCUGGUCAUGGGGGAGGUGGGUUCGGGGAAGACCACCCUGGUUGCUAAACUACAGGGUGUUGAGGACUUCCUGAAGGGGCGUGGCCUGGAAUACCUCUACUUUAGUGUCCAUGACGACGACAUUGACGACCAAACCAGGUGUAAUGCCUGGGUGUUAGAUGGGGAUCUGUACCAUAAAGGUCUGCAGUCUGUUGCUGUGCAACGAGAGGCGCUUGGUGACUCGUUGCUAUUGAUUACUGUGGACCUGUCGCGGCCGUGGGUCGCCAUGGAAUCGCUUCAGAAGUGGGCGGCUGUCGCUAGGGAACAUAUCGACAAGCUCCGGGUCCCCCCGGAAACACUGAGGGAGCUGGAGAACAGAAUGGCCAGACAGUUCCAGGAGUAUGUGGAUCCUGGCUGGGAGGAGAGCGCCCCCCAGAGGAGGAGUGAGGAGGAGGAGAACGUUCUGCUGCCGCUCGGCGAAAACACACUCACACACAACCUGGGACUACCCAUGGUGGUGGUCUGCACUAAGGUACGAACACACAACCUGGGACUACCCAUGGUGGUGGUCUGCACUAAGGUACGAACACACAACCUGGGACUACCCAUGGUGGUGGUCUGCACUAAGGUACGAACACACAACCUGGGACUACCCAUGGUGGUGGUCUGCACUAAGGUACGAACACACAACCUGGGACUACCCAUGGUGGUGGUCUGCACUAAGGUACGAACACACAACCUGGGACUACCCAUGGUGGUGGUCUGCACUAAGGUACGAACACACAACCUGGGACUACCCAUGGUGGUGGUCUGCACUAAGUGCGAUGCCAUCAGUACGUUGGAGAAGGAGUAUGACUACAAAGACGAACACCUGGACUUCAUCCAGUCAUACAUCAGACGCUUCUGUCUACAGUACGGGGCAUCUCUGCUGUAUACGUCGGUUAAGGAAAUGAAGAAUGUGGAUGUUCUGUAUAAAUACCUGGUUCACAGACUUUACGGUUUCCCCUUCCACUACCCUGCUCAACUGGUGGAGAAAGACACAGUCUUCAUUCCGUCAGGGUGGGAUAAUGAAAAUAAGAUAUCUAUCCUCCAUGAGAACUUCCAAACGCUGAAACUAGACGACAUCUUUGAGGAGGUCAUCGUCAAACCGCCUGUCAGAAAGUUUGUUCAUGAGAAGGAGAUUCAGGCUGAAGAUGACCAGGUGUUUCUGCUCAAGCUGCAGUCGCUGCUCUCCAAACAACCUCCUGCAUCUGCCGGACGACCAGGGGAGUCCAGCAGUAGUAGAGGUCCCAGUGGUUCUCCCAGGACCAGUAAUCGUUCAGCUGCAGCCAACGUAGCUAACACCAUGCCCCAAUCAGCAGGUCAGACCAGUGAGGGGGUGCUGGCUAACUUCUUCAACAGUCUUCUGACCAAGAAGGCCGGAGCAUCGCCGCCGGGCAACAGCACACCAGGGACUGUUCGCAAGUCAGGUUCUAAGCUGGGUCUGAGUGAUGUCCAGGCAGAGUUGGACAGGAUCAGCUGCAGAGAGAAUGAUGAGACCAACAACAGCAACACUAACAACCCUAACCCCAGUACUGAGACCAACGAAGAACAGACAUGAACAGACCACCUCCCUCUUCCUCCCCCCUACCUCACCCCCCCCAGACCAUACGUGAAGAGAACAAAUCUCACCCUCCACCCCCAGACAUACCCCAGACCAGACCACAUGAAAAAUCCACCUCCCCUACCUUACCCCCUCCUCACACCCCCAGGCCAUUACAUGAAGAGACCAGACCUCACCCUCCUCCCAUUCUCACCUCUCCUGACCUCCCCUCCUCACCCCCCAGUGAGACCACCACAUACCAGACAUGAAGACACGUCAGCCCUACCUCAUUCCCCAGACCAUACAUGGAGACCAGACCUCACCCCAACAGGCCAGAACAGAUUAGAUAUGAAGACCUUCUUCAGGACGGAGAGGUAUGGGGAUGGAGAGGGAGGGAGGAGGAAGAAGAGAGAGGGAGAGUGGGAGCAGGAGGGGGAGAGAGAUGGACAGGUAUGGGGAUGGAUGGAUGGAUGGAGGGAGAGAGAGAUGGACAGGUAUGGGGAUCGAUGGAGAGAGGGAGCAGGGGGAGAGAGGGAGCAGGGG